AUGGGAAACCGAGUAAAUCGUCGUCAACAACCUGGUCUUUCAGGAUAUGGUCAAGCCUAUGAUCCUAAUUACGGAAUGGACUAUUAUGGUGGAGCUUACGAUCCAGUAUCUUAUGGUGGUGGUUACCCAACUGGUGGUGCCUAUCCAACUGGAGGCGGCUUUCCAACUGGCGGGUACGGAACAGGAUACGUUACCACAGCCGUCGUUCCUCGACAGCCUAUUGGUGCUCCACUUAGUAUGGGUGGUUCAAGUGCUCUCGGUGGCUAUGGUUUAGGUGGUCUCGGAGGUGGUAUGGGAGGCGGCCUUCCACCUAAAAUUCGUGUCAUUUUCAUCCCACAAGGUGGUGCCGGUGGUGCCGGAGGAUGUGCUCCAUCGUGUCCAAUGCCAAUGCCGCAAAUGCCUAUGCCAAUGCCACAAAUGCCUAUGCAAAUGCCACAAAUGUGUCCACCACCAAUGCCAAUGCCAAUGCCAAUGCCCCAACCAAUGUGCCCACCCCCCAUGCCGAUGCCACAAAUGCCAAUGCCUAUGCCUCAACCAAUGUGCCCACCCCCCAUGCCGAUGCCACAAAUGCCAAUGCCUAUGCCUCAACCAAUGUGCCCACCCCCUAUGCCAAUGCCAAUGCCCCAACCAAUGUGCCCACCCCCCAUGCCACCACCAAUGCCAAUGCCAAUGCCAAUGCCAAUGCCAAUGCCAAUGCCAAUGCCUCAACCAAUGUGCCCACCUCCAAUGCCAAUGCCACAAAUGCCAAUGCCAAUGCCAAUGCAACAACCUAUGUGUCCACCAAUGGGUGGUGGUCUCGCCAGCUAUGGUGGCGGUAUGCCAAUGGGUGGUAUGCCCAUGGGCGGUAUGCCAAUGGGCGGUAUGCCGAUGGGCGGUAUGCCAAUGGGUGGCGGUAUGCCAUUCGGUGGUGCUGUCGGCGGAUUCAGUGGCGGUUAUGGUACCGGAUUCACUGGUAUUCCAUCCAUGAGCGGCUUCGGUGCUCCACAAAUGCCCGGCUUCGGCGCUCCACAAAUGCCCGGCUUCGGCGCUCCACAAAUGCCAAGCUUCGGUGCCCCACAAAUGCCAGGCUUCGGUGCUCCACAAAUGCCCGGCUUCGGUGCUCCACAAAUGCCCAGCUUCGGCGCUCCACAAAUGCCAGGCUUCGGUGCUCCACAAAUGCCAGGUUUCGGUGCUCCACAAAUGCCAGGCUUCGGCGCUCCACAAGCCGGUGGAUUCCCACCAGGAUGUGACUUCGGCGGUCAAGCUCCACCAAUGGGUAUGAUGCGUUCAUUACAAGCUGUCGGUGCACCAUUGAUGCAGCCAUACCAACAAAUGCAAGCUGCACCACCACCACAAUUUUCAGCGCCUGUUGCCCCAGGCCCACAAUCAUAUCCAGUUCCUCAACCAUAUCCUCACCCAUACCCAGUGCCUGUACCAGUUCCUCAACCAAUCGGUCAACAACCAUCAUUCCAAGCACCACCACCAAGCUUCCCACCUCCACCUAGCUUCGGUCCAGCACCAAGCUUUUCACCACCACCUCCACCACCACCACCACCAAGUUUCGUUCCACCACCAAACUUUGCUCCUCCUCCACCAAGUUUUGCUCCACCAUCUAACUACGCUCCACCUCCACCAGCUCCACUACCGCCUCCACCCCCGCAACAACCCUAUUCACCUCCUCCUCCACCACCACCACCAGCUUUCCAACAAUCCGGUCCUAGCUUCGGUCAAUCUGAUCACUUCCACGCACCACCACCUCCACCACCAUCAUUCCCACCUCCACCUCAACACCAAUACGGUGGAUUUCAACCACCUCCAAGUGGUGCCCCAGGUGGCAGUGGCCGCAUGAUUUGCUGUUGCUUUCCAGCACCUAAUUAA